GUCUGACAGGGAGCGGCAAAGGAUCCUUUCGCUUGUCAAAUACACACGUUCAACCUCGACACAGCUGUUUCCAUGAUGACCAGCUGAUCCAGCUUGAAGACUUCCACAUUUCGUGGCUGGUACCAUCCCAUUUUCUAGAUCCCACUUCUCUCAUAGGGCAACUGGAUUUUGACUUUGUUUCACUGACGGGCUCUCACGCGUUCAGCUUUUUCAACAAAGGUCUCUUCUCUCCUUUUGAAACAGCCUGCUUUAACUUAUUAGGCUACAGGCCUUCUUAAAAUUUCUCCACUGGCCCAACAUGGACAAUGUGGAUUCAGACAAGAUGCAGAUCGGAGAAAACAAAUUUGUAAGCAAGAGGACUAUUGUCUCGCACCUUAAAACCUACAAUAUUUACUAUGAAGGACAAGCUCUCCAGCUGAGACACAGAGAGGAGGAGGGUGAGCUGAUCAUUGAGGGUUUGCUCAAUGUAUUUUGGGGCGUGCGGCGGCCAAUCAGACUGCAAAUGCAAGACGAGAAGGAGCCAGAGAGCCCACGCUCCUUACUAACGUCACUGAGUGCAGAAACGGACAUCAGCACAGACAUAAAUAGUGAAACAAACCAGGCCUCUAUAUCCAUUGAGGUCACUGCAGCAGACAACCAAUCAAAUGACAGCUCGGGUGAAGAAAAAGAAGAGGAAGGUAAUGGAGAUCAGGAGGUGUCACAGUCCGAGCGUCUCCUCAGGACCAGAAGUGAUGUCGGUGGGAGAAGAAUUGGUGGUCGGAGACUUGGAAUCAGGAGAGUCAACAGACACAGAUGCUCCUUUAAUGGCCACUUCUACAACCACAAGACGGCAGUUUUCACCCCAGCCUUUGGUUCUGUGACCAAUGUUCGUGUCAACAGUUGUAUGACAACAGCACAGGUGUUGCGGGUGUUAUUCAACAAGUUCAAGAUUGAGAACAACCCAGACCAAUUUAACCUCUAUCUUGUCCACACUAGUGGAGAGAGACAUCAACUAAAACCGAAUGACCAUCCAUUGGCAGUCAGAAUUUUGCAAGGCCCUUGUGAACAGGUCAGCAAAAUCUUCCUAAUGGAAACGAACCAGGUGGAAGAGGUUACCUAUGAUGUGGCACAAUACAUCAAGUUUGAGCUUCCUGUGCUACAAAGCUUCAUCACAAAACUGCAUGAGGAAGAGGAAAGAGAGAUGCAGAAACUGAAGAAGAGGUUCAUUGAUUUGCGUCAGAUCAUCAAGAGAUACAUGCAGUAUUUAGCUGAUAAGAGUUCAUGAAGCUGAUACUGUCCAAGCAUGUCACUCCAAAUUUGAAGCACCAACAGCAACUAAAUGGUGCUCGCGCUCUUAUUUUGUAUUGUAACAUGUUUUCAGUUUCUUAGUACCUCAGUAUUCAAAGAUGCCAAUGGCUUCUUCUAGAUAAGCUUCACUGGAUAAAAUUUAGAAAACCACAACAAACUGGGUCAAACAAAGAGCCUCCAUAAGUGUGAUUUUUUUUUUUUUUUUUUUUUUUUUAAACCUGGUUAAAUGUAGAGCCCAAAUUAUGUGAAUAAAUAUUUUAAAUGAAGAGAAAUACUUUGUAAAUCUAGAAUGUAUUUGUCUUAUUUUAUUGCAGACUAUUUGUAAUGUUUAUUGGUAAUAAAAUGUAUUAUUUCUCAAAUUUGUUAAAGUAUUUAACAGGUGUCUGUGCAAAGACGUUUGCCUUUGAUAAUAAAAACAUUCUGAAACUUUUUUUGCACAUU